AUGGGAAGUAUGCUUCGAUUUAAGUACCUUCUCCCGCUCGUUUCUCUACUUCUGGUGACACUGUAUAUAUACUUUUUUCUGGCUGUUCAAAAUAAGCCGAAUAAUUGCGGACCUUUCUUGCUUCCAAGCUCUGGAUUGACAGAUUCUUCGACUCACCGCCGAAAUUUAAAUCUGUCGUACGUCAUAGACUCAUAUAUAGUAAUCCUUGGACCUGCUUAUUAUUAUGAUAUCGCGCGUUUAUAUGCUAUUACAUCUUUGCUCGGUCCCAGCCAUCACAUUCUCCAACGACGGGCGAUUCGACUGACGCGUGAGUCGCGCUAUCUGGUACAGUCACGACUUCGGCAGUGGCGUGAGAAGACACCUCCUGUGGAUACGUUCGUCAAGCAGGUGGAUGAGCUUCUUUCUGUUUUCUCUGGCCUUACUGAUUUGUUGGAGGUGAAUGUGGAUGGCCUGGCACGCGUCGAGGGUGCUGCAAACGCUCAACGAAUUGCUCUCCAACGGCUAUCCGACGCGUUCAAUGCCAAACUUCAUGAACUACAAAAUCCUUUAGAUUGUAGCGAAGCGAAGCAUUUGGUUGUUGAUAUCAAUAAAGCGUGUGGAUUUGGCUGCCAAUUACACCAUGCAGCGCACUGCUUUCGGCUCGCCAUAGCAUCUGGUCGAGUUCUGCAUUUGAUCAACGGCACAUAUUCUUACUCUAAGAGUGGUUACUCUUCUGUCUUUAAAUCUCCCACCUCGUGCUCUCUCCCUGAGGCUGUCACCAAAGCGCACACAAUUACGUGGGGCUCUCCUGGUUAUGGGGAUGCAACUUACGUCUACUGUCCCAUCGUGGAACAUAUGCACGAGAUUCCUAGGUAUGCCCACCCAGCAGUUCCCAAAUCAAUCGCUGAUGCGUUGGCCCACCUCCAUGGUGCCCCACCCGUAUGGGUCUCGGGUCACCUUCUGGCCUACCUCAUGCGUCUUCGCACCGGUGAGAUUUCUGAAUCCGUUGAAAGACUCAUCCAAAGCAUAAGAGGUACACCCGACUACGCCCCUAUCGUAGGGGUCCACAUAAGACGGACAGACAAGAUCAAAACGGAAGCCGCAUUUCAUAAACUGGAGGAGUACAUGUACUACGUGGAUCAAUACUUUGAUAAGCUCGAUGCAGAGCGUAUGAUGCGAGCCAGGACGGAGGAAUGGUACGGCGACGACACCCCUCCACUGCCCUCACGUAUCACAAGGCGUGUCUUCAUCGCAACCGACGACGCGGAGGUGCUAUCCGAAGCCCGGCGCCGAUACUCCUCUAUGCUGUCCUCCGAUGGAGAGCCGCGCUACCAAUUUAUCGGAGACAUCCAGCGCGCCCAAUCCGCGUCGUUGUCCACCCGGUACACGCAUGACUCUCUACUCGCUGUAGUAGCAGAUGUUUUCGCGCUCUCUUACACGGACUACAUCGUCUGUACAUUUUCAUCUCAGAUCUGUCGGCUUGCCUAUGAAUUGAUGCAGACGCAUUCUGCCCAACUUGGCGACGCAUCCAUGCGCGUCCAAUCUCUGGACGACACCUACUACUAUGGCGGUCAACAGCCCUGGAGUCAAGUAAUCAUAGUCGACGACAAAGACACAGGAAUGACGGCCGGCGAAACGUUGGACUAUCUGGGCAACCACUGGAACGGAUAUGCCAGGAUAAGUCUUCCAAAAAAUAAGGAAGAAGUCAUACGUCCCGCCUACAAGUUUGAGAACCGCCUAAUGGAAGUAGACUUUCCCGGACUUAACGCUUCAUUCCAUUAG